AAAAAGAGGGGAGUGAUGUCUUCAAAUGAGCUCAGCGUGAUGGACAUGGACUCCUGCAUUCGGACUUUUAAAGAGCACAUGCACCUGGAGCUGGAGCCGCCCAGGUUGCCGGGGGUGAUGGGAGGCAGGAGGGGUGCCACGUCCCCCAAACUGUCCCCCCGGAGCUCCCCCCGGCUGUUCCGCAAGCUCAUGGUCAACAAGAGCAUUCGUCAGAGGAGGAGGUUCACCGUGGCGCAUACGUGUUUUGACGUGGAGAAUGGCCCCUCGGCGAGCUGUAGCCCCCUGGACCCUCAGGCGUCCCCGGGCUCAGGCCUCGUGCUUCACACAAACUUCCCCGGACACAACCAGCGCCGCGAGUCCUUCCUGUACCGCUCCGACAGCGACUAUGACCUGUCGCCCAAGUCCAUGUCCAGGAACUCGUCCAUCGCCUCCGAACUACAUGGCGAUGACUUGAUAGUAACCCCAUUUGCUCAGGUUUUGGCCAGCCUUCGAAGUGUGAGGAAUAACUUUACAGUGCUCACCAAUGUCCAAUGUGCCUCCAGCAAGAGGUCUCCGGCCGCCACCACCCAGCCCCCCAUCACCAGAGUCUGCCUCCCAGAUGAGGCAUACCAGAAGUUGGCGAUGGAGACCAUGGAGGAGCUGGACUGGUGUCUGGACCAGCUGGAGACCAUCCAGACCUACCGCUCCGUCAGCGACAUGGCCUCCAACAAGUUCAAGAGAAUGUUGAACCGGGAGUUGACGCACCUCUCGGAGAUGAGUCGCUCCGGAAACCAAGUCUCCGAAUUCAUUUCCAACACCUUUCUAGAUAAACAGAAUGAGGUGGAAAUCCCGUCACCGACCUCCAAAACACGCGAGAAGAAGAAGCAGCAGAAGCAGCAGCUGAUGACUCAGAUCAGCGGAGUGAAGAAGGUCUCCCACGGGCCCUCUCUGUCCAGCAGCAGCAUCGCGCGAUUCGGGGUCAAAACCGACAAAGAGGAGAUGCUGUCUAAAGAGCUGGAGGAUCUCAACAAGUGGGGCCUGAACAUCUUCACCGUGUCUGAGUAUUCCCACAACAGACCGCUCACCUGCAUCAUGUACGCCAUCUUCCAGGAGCGAGACUUGUUAAAGACAUUUAAAAUCCCGGCGGACACGUUUGUGGCGUACAUGAUGACAUUAGAGGAUCACUACCACGCAGAUGUGGCCUAUCAUAACAGUCUGCACGCUGCUGACGUCGCCCAGUCCACUCACAUCCUCCUCUCCACCCCGGCUCUAGACGCUGUCUUCACAGAUCUGGAGAUUCUGGCUGCCAUCUUUGCUGCGGCGAUCCACGACGUCGACCAUCCAGGAGUAUCGAACCAGUUCUUAAUCAAUACGAAUUCCGAGUUGGCGUUGAUGUACAAUGAUGAAUCCGUGCUGGAAAACCAUCAUUUAGCUGUGGGUUUCAAGCUGCUACAAGAAGACAACUGCGAUAUCUUCCAAAAUCUCACCAAAAAGCAAAGGCAGUCGCUAAGAAAGAUGGUUAUCGAUAUGGUUUUAGCCACUGACAUGUCAAAACAUAUGAGUCUUUUGGCCGAUCUGAAGACGAUGGUUGAGACGAAGAAGGUGACGAGUUCAGGAGUGCUAUUGCUGGACAACUACACAGACAGAAUACAGGUGCUGCGUAACAUGGUGCACUGCGCAGAUCUGAGUAACCCCACCAAGUCCCUGGAGCUGUACCGACAGUGGACAGAUCGCAUCAUGGAGGAGUUCUUCCACCAGGGGGACCGUGAGCGCGAGAGGGGCAUGGAGAUCAGCCCCAUGUGUGACAAGCACACAGCCUCAGUGGAGAAGAGCCAGGUGGGCUUCAUCGACUACAUCGUGCACCCGCUGUGGGAGACAUGGGCAGACCUGGUGCACCCCGACGCCCAGGACAUCCUGGACACGCUGGAGGACAACAGGAACUGGUACCAAAGUAUGAUCCCACAAAGCCCGUCCCCACCCUUCUACGACCAGGGACCCCACGGGCUGAGCGCUGGGCAGGGGGGGCAGGGAGGAGGGGAGAAGUUCCAGUUUGAGCUGACACUGGAGGAGGAGGACUUGGAUGGGAUGGAUAAGGACGGAGAGGCGGAGGAAGAGGAGGAGGAAGAGGAGGAGGACAGUCUGUCCCGCUCCCCACCUCUGGACUAUCUGGACAGUCAGGAGCAGGACAGCAUAGAGCCCACCACUGCAAUAGAGAUCGUGACCCAUGAGGCGUCGCCCACAGACACAUAGGGCUCAGUGUUUUUAUCGCUUUGAGGUUUGAAAAAGAGGAGGUUCCUCUUGCAGCUGAGCUUUUUAAAGCCCACAAAGGCAAGGCCUUAGUUUUAGCCUGACGUGGUGGUCUGCACUUGGCCGUUUGAAGCCGGUUUGGAACGGACUGUUUUUGUAGGAGGAGGCUUCAGAGUUCUCAGGAAAUUCUUAGUGCGAACACUUGGUUUGUGGACACGAGACUGACGGUGAACUUGAAGGAUUUUGGCCAGUUUGGAACAUGGUUAUUCGUCUAUUCUGGACUGGCAUUAAUGGACAAUGACACUACUGAGAGAUGUUUUGUACCUUAAGACUUUUUUACAAACAUGAUAUGAUCUAGAAGUAGCAUAUAGUAAGAUCUACUGAUGGAGAAGUUUGUAUAGAAAGAGUGUUUACUUUUUUCCUGUACCAUUUGUCAAAGGACUUUUGUGUGCCUUUUUUACUAUUGUCUUUAUAAUAGUUUUUUAUUUAUUGAACACUCUAGUUUGUCUGUGAAAUGUUUUCUUUUCUUAUCCGAAGAGCAAAAUCUUUUUGUAUGUUAAAUACCAGUCUUCCAUGUAUUGGGCAAUAGAGAAAUCCAAACAAACGUCGACAAACAACUUUGGACAAACUCAUAGAACACAAAACCAUUGUUAAGUUUGAAGUAGGAGCACAAUGUUUCUGUGGUAGUCAUUUUCAUGUACACCUCAUUAUGUACUUUUAGUUUGAGGUUCUGCAAACACUGGUGCUUCUAACCUUUUCACACCAAAAUUCAAUCUUUGAUGCAAACUUGAGAAUAAAGUAAUAAUCCAUAACUCCAUGUAUCUGAACACCUGCUGCAUUGAACAAACCAUAACUGAAUGUGAACCUUGUGUUUUCUUUUGGUGUGGAUUGGAGGGAAAACCACUUCAAACAUUCACUGCCCAAAUCGACUAGUUUUAAACCAAAAAUGAAAUAUGAUCUCCAAAAUCACGAUGGCAGCCUGGGAAGGUCAAAUGCACAAGAUGAGAGUGUGUAUUUUUAGCCCACAGGUAUGCUACACUUUGAAUAAUCUGGUUACGUGGAUAUAAGACCCCUCUGUAAUCAGGGCAGCCCCAUGAUGAGAGCUGGGGCCCCAAAGCUCCACAGACUCUGGCCCGAGACAAUCAGGACGCCUAUUUCCUCCAGAGCAGAACGAGCCUCAAGUGCUGCUUCUGCUCAUUGACGUCAGCAGAGGUCCCCCUCCCGCUCCUCUGUUUCCAGGACAGUCGGGUUUUGGGGAUUAGGCACCAAAAUAUACAGUAGGCUGUGUUCAGAACACUUUGUCCACAGUCUUUUAAAACAAUGUUGCACUAAUUUAAGCAGCUCCAGCAGAGAAAGGGCAAAUGUUUGAAGGGUCUGCAGACCUCAGCUUGGUCGUGUUGGUUUGGGUUUACUGGUAAACUCUAAGGUACUUCAUAGUCCCAUCAGCAUGCACCAGUCACACACACACACACACACACACACACACACACACAGAUGCAUUGAACACUGACUGUCUGUCUGUUAUGUCUGACCAUCACUCACCCUUUGUCUCUACUGUUUGUCGCUAGGAGCUCAAGUUGGUCCUUUUUGCUGUUUAUAACAGUGUGUAUUUAUUCUAUACUUUAAGCUUGUAAAUAAGAAAUAUGGUUCAGUGUAAGAUCUAUUUUAAUUUAUAUGCACUUGCAUUACCUGGAAGUGGUGGUGUCUAUGUGUAGAAGACUCGGACUGAGUCUUUUUAUAUAUGUAUUAUAUAUUGUUUUAUAUCUAUAUAAAUAUAUAUAAUUCUAAGUAUAUAUUCGCACAAUAUUUGAGUGCCCGGCAGAGCAGCAGCUAAAACAUCACAGUGCUGCUGUUACAUGAACACUCUGUAGCUCCAAAACCUUCAUUUCAUUUAAACUUCUCUUUUGUUUUUACAACUGCCUCAAACCUGCAUGUUUAAACCAAAAAAAUGAUAUCUUGUCACACAUUAUUUAUUGCUUUGGACAUUUUAUUAUAAUUAUUAUAAUAUGAAUUGUAGCUAAUUGCCAAAGUUUUGCAGUGUACUUUCUAUGGGGAUGGACCAACUCUUGUUUUGGGGCUUCAGAGUGUUCGUGUGGCAGCAUCACCAUGGUAACCCAGAGGCGACAUAGAGGACAUGUUAAACUGCAUAGACAUGGAUAUAGAAAACGUAUAUUAAACGCCUAUUGCUUAGUCCUAAACCUACAGUAGUUUCUUUUGUCUCGACCCUAGCUUCCUCAUCCAACAGUUUGAUUGCAGAUUGCUGAUAUUUGAGGCCAGACAGUUGAAUAGACACAUCUUCACUUAAGGCACUUGAUGUAAAAGUAGACACACAACAGCGUGUUGUUAGCAUGCUACAAUACGCCCAGCACUAAAUCUUAUGUAUCUGAUUGUGCUAAUGUGUGAACUCUCUCUGACCAAACUUGUUAGCAGUUUUGAAAUUCAAAUUUGUCAGUAUUAACAUUGUUUAUCUACGUUUAAGCUUUUUCAGUCCUAGUUGUGUCCAAAUGGUUAGCCAGAUUUAGCACUAUCUGCAUGAAAGAUGGGUUUUUUAACUGUCAAUAAUAUGUUCCAGUCCGCCAGUUGUUCCAGGUGGGUUAUUCAAUGUUUCACACAAUGUAUGGUAUUCAAUUGUAUAUUGUGUUCAAAAUAAAUCUGAAAUACUUUUUCUAUGAAGUGAUUAAAAGCAAAGCAUGAA